GCCACCGACAGAGUCACGCUGCACAGCUGCCCGCUCCCCGAGCUCAGUGCCACAAUGGCAACUGCACCUUACAACUAUUCCUACAUCUUUAAGUACAUCAUUAUUGGGGACAUGGGUGUAGGAAAGUCCUGUUUGCUUCAUCAAUUUACAGAAAAGAAGUUUAUGGCAGACUGUCCUCACACAAUUGGUGUUGAAUUUGGCACAAGAAUAAUUGAAGUUAGUGGCCAAAAAAUUAAACUACAGAUUUGGGAUACAGCAGGACAAGAGAGAUUCAGGGCUGUCACAAGAAGCUACUACAGAGGAGCAGCAGGAGCUCUCAUGGUCUACGACAUUACCAGAAGAAGUACGUAUAACCACUUAAGCAGCUGGCUGACAGAUGCAAGGAACCUCACCAAUCCAAAUACUGUGAUAAUCCUUAUAGGAAAUAAAGCAGAUCUGGAAGCACAGAGGGAUGUGACAUAUGAAGAAGCCAAACAAUUUGCUGAAGAAAAUGGUUUAUUGUUCCUUGAAGCAAGUGCAAAAACUGGAGAGAAUGUUGAGGAUGCCUUCCUGGAGGCUGCCAAGAAAAUCUACCAGAACAUCCAAGAUGGAAGCCUGGAUCUGAACGCUGCAGAGUCAGGUGUACAGCACAAACCGUCAGCUCCGCAGGGGGGGCGGCUAACCAGUGAACCCCAGCCCCAGAGAGAAGGCUGUGGCUGCUAGUGACCUCUGUUCCAUGGCUCCAUUUCUGACCUUUCACCUCUGUCUGAGGGGAGUGGUGCUUUUGACCGCUUCCCUGUCUUCUGUACAUCUUACUGGGUUUAAUUAAAACUCUGAGACAAGUUUAACACAGUACUAAACUGCUAAACAACUUUAGAUGUAAUCAGGUUAUCAAAGGCAAGUAGAGUAAUAAAACCUCUCCUGCAUGGUAAAUCUAGAAGUUUUUUUUUUUUUU